GGACAAAGUAAUCGAGCGCUGGGUGGAGCUGAUCGCGCGGUGCGCCCACGCGCGCGGCGGCGGCGGCUCCCGCGUGCUGUGCGCACGCGCCGCUCCGCUCGCGCAGCCCUACCAGUACUGCUAUCUGGAGAGAGCAUCCCCACCCCAAUCGUUUCAAGAGCGUCGCCUUGCUAUAGUAGAAGGAGCAGCAUGGGUAAUGGUGCGUGUUGGGGCAGGCGAGGCGGAAGCCAAGCUCAUGUUGGGGGCGAGGGUCAACGGGUGCAGCGCUCCGUCGUACACCAGCAAAGUUCCGCUGACACAUCCGUUGGCUUUGCUGCAUUAUACAUCAGCUCAAAAGGGUUACUACGCUGUAGCGGUUGGUACACCAUCGUCAAUAGUCUGCGCAGAACGAGCUUCCACUUGGCAACUCUGGCAUCCAGCUUUGGAGGCCAAUUUGGACGCUCACACUUCAGAAAUGUCUACGGUAGCUAGAAUAGCUGGAGCCUUGAACGCCUUGCUUGACCGGAUGAGGGAGGGAGGUUAUCAGGGCACUCUCCGAGUCCUCAGUCGGUACGCAGCUAGCUGUGCCUUCCGUCGGCGCCUCGAUAGAUGUGCUGUCUACUCGCAGCCAGCCGCGAGGUGCUGUGUCUCUUCGCAUGCUUCUCAUCAUUUGCUCCUGAUUUUGGAUUCGUUACUCUAUCUCUGUGAAAAAGGAGGUAUGGCAGGGUACAUUUAUCCAGUAGAGAGAAGUUCAGUUGUACGACGGGGAAGCAGAGAUUCUGAUUGGUCGACAGACGCUGCCUGUAUCAGGUGUUGUCUGACCCAUUUACAUCAAGCUGCAGGCGAGGAUUUACCUCUAAGUCCAUCAGAAUCUCUCGAAGGAGCUCUUUUCAACAAAUGGGAGAACCUGAACCGCGAGGCUAAGGCAUCUAUGGCUAGUACCCCGAACUACAGUCGAAGACAGCUCAAGUACUUGUGGCGGGUGGCUAGUGAGCUGGUUACGUGCAAGAGUUUGGUAGCUGUGGAAAACCACAGUAACUUCAAAGCAAACCUGAUCCAGGUGACCUCCCUGAACCAAGAGGCAAUAGAAGAUCUCAUCCACAUAUUGGCCAUCAUGCUGGAUCAAGCGAGAGACGUGUAUCUGAACAACUUUCAAGCCGUGCUGGGAGAUUUUAAUAGAGAAUUGUCUACUUAUAGGUCAAAGAAAUGGAACAAGCUAAAGGACUAUUACGAUGCAUCGUCAUCUUGCCUCAUCGAUGCAGUCCGCCGGGACCCUGACCUACGCAAGGAAGAUCUGUUGGACGAGUUGAAUAUCAUGAAAUAUAUACUGCAUUGGCUUCAUAAGGGGGCGAAAGAAGACAAGAAGUACUUAGGUCCAGUGUUGAAGCCAUACUUAGAUGGUUUAUUUGCUAGCUCGAUGGAGAAUGGCUGGUUUCUAGAUGAGUUUGACGCCAAAAGGUGUGCGAAUGAAUUUGAAGGUCUAAAAGAAUACUGCACGGGAGUUCAUGACAACAGCAUAGAGCCUUGCAUGGGUCUGUUAGAUGCUGCCAAGAAACUUGCCUGGGCCAAAGCAUUGGUGGACUUCAUUGACCGGUUUCGGCAUAUUGACUUCCGACUGGUCUUUCCGACAGGCGAUGGAAUGGCUAUAUCUUUCCCGGCAAAGCUGCCUUCACGCCGAGAGCACAGUUCCGCGAGAAUAUUGACCUUGAGUAGAAGUGAUAAAGCUGAAGCCAAAUUAAGACUGGCCAGGCGAUGUGUUUUGGGAGCAUUUGCAACUGCACUCAUGGGAGAUAGAUGCCCAAAACCCAAGAAGAUGGCACGGCACGAGAGCACAGACGAAAUCUUGAAAAGCGCUAAAAAUGGCAAUUACUGGAGGACCAGCAAACCUGACAUCAUACCAUCUACUUCCGUGCAAGACAUCAGGGAACUCAGUUCUUUAGACAACCUUCCAAGAGUCGUCCGUAGGAAAUCUCGUCGCAGCAGACCCGCAACCUCCUACGGAUUUCCAGAAAUCUCCAUCACCAAUCAAUCUGAUACUAAAACUAUGCGGCGCAAGUACCAUACCCUAAAGAGCCUGGUAUAUACAGAGCCAGUGGAAAACAUCAAAGAGAUGAGAAGGCGACCAAGAUCUGCUGGGUCUACGAUAAGGAAUAAGGAAGCUAUGAGCAGGCCUAGUAUUUUGGAGACUUUGGACUUUAUUAAUGGUGUUAAAGAAGCUUUAUGUGUGGAAGAAUCAGGCGCAUCAGAUACUGAAGAUACAGUAUGGUCAAUAGAAGACGAAUGGCUGGUAGGACAAACUGCCCCCCUGAAUCUCUUGGCCAUUCGAUCAGGAAACCAGGGUCUGCAUCUUGCUUUGGGAGAAUUGAUUCCAGCUCUUUUGCAUUCGGGAAGAUUUACUGUAUUACAAGAGCUAUGUACCUACUUAGGGAAUGCCAGUGAAGGUGCUCUAUUUGCAUUACACAGAUUGGCUAGAGCUGCCCGCUCUAGGAGUAGUGAAAGAUCUACUAGUUCGUGGCGUCUUCCGGAGGCUCAAGGACCAACAGUGGAGUCUCCGCAGAAGUACCGCGCGCGGCCACCCGACUACAUGUCGGGGGAUGAAGCACCGCAACCGUUGCAACCGCCGCAGCCACCACCGCUGCCUAGACACGCGAGUAGGGAGAAGAUGGUAAAGCGCUACUCAGACUACCUACCUCCAAAAAGACUACAAGACCUGGAACAAGAUUUAGACUACCUAGAACAUGUCAACUCCCGUCUUAAUCUGCAAACAACUUUAAACAACAAUUACACGGGCAUUAUAAAUCCAAUAUACGACAUUAAGAUGCCUAAAGACAAAUUCAGCGUCAAACGAUCUAAAUCCCUAGGUCGUAGCUUUAGUACAAAAAAUUUAGGUAUAGAAAUUACCAGAUACAACCUAACCUUAGGUCACAAAGGAGGAAAAAAGACGAAUGAUGUUUUGACGGCUGUCAACAGUAUAACAGGAGAGACGGGACUGGAGCCGAAAAGUAAUUUCUUCCAAAGAAAUAAUGCAGCUAACGUCGUAGGAGAUUCAUAUAGAGUUAGUAGAUAUACUAUUGACUGAUGAUACAUCAAAUCAGCCUGUACAUGGCCACAUAAAAUUUCUCACAGUGCAGAGCUGUAGCACACACCUACUGAUAUCAUAUUCAUGCUCUCUGCCAACAACCUCCAAAGAACGUGCUGGUCUCACAGUCAAAUAGUAGUCCGGAUAUUGGCUACAGGCAAAACUCUCAGCUAACGUCUAUGGAAAUUGAGACGAUAGCUAGAAUGGGAUGGAACCUGCAGCUUGAUUUUGAUUGCUUCUUCAGAUCGGAAACUGCGUCUUUUCCGAGUCGAGGCGCAUAAUUGCCAUUCAUAGCUGGCGGAUCGGAAACUUUUGACAUUUCAAAUCGGAACAAUAGUUUAUUUAAUUCAUAACUUAGAAAUAUAUACUAGGAAUCAGGAUCAUCUUCUCGCUUGGAAACCCUUCUGAUUUCGAGACUCGGGUGGGCUACCCGAUCGGAUCAAUUCCAAUUUGAAUUAAAAUCUAAGCUAAUAAUAAUAAUGCCAGACAUUACACCAAUUUGGUCUCAAAUCCUAUAAUAGCCAGAAUAAAUAUAGAAAGGUUCAUAUCCCAAAUUGGACCUACCGGGAAUUCAAUCCGGAGCCUCUUCAUCCAGUGCAAAUCACAACGAAGUCGUCCAAUUCGUCAACCUUAACUCGUGCUAAAGCUUCGUACAAGAUUUUUGCCAAAGUUUUGGACCUCAAGGGCCAUGGACGUAACUUCUCGCUUUUGAGCUUUCAGUACGUGUUCUGGGAGACUCCGGUGACCAACAGACUGGUGGCUACUU